AAUUAAGCACCAACAAUUCGUAGUGUAGUUGUUAAAUUAAAGCAUACUGAGGAUGGAGAAGAAAGCGAAGACCGAUUGUUGCUACCUUCCGUUUGAACUAAUCACUGAGAUACUCUCAUGGCUACCCGCUAAGUCUCUGCUGCGAUCUGCAUGUGUCUCUUCAUCGUGGUAUAUGCUUACCAAAGAUCCAAAGUUCAUGAAGUUGCAUCGCAGUCGAUCCCUCAAAGCAAACCUGGAAACGCAUUUCCUCUUCGAGUGCUGGAAAUCCAAAGUCUACUCUUUUAGAGCUACAUCGCAGCAUCCCUAUUACCAUGCUUCGGAACUUGCUUAUCCGAAAGACAUCAUAAAGCCUCGCACCAUGGGAGGUGUUUUAGGCUCAUGCAAUGGCCUAGUUUGUUUUCAUUCAAUAACAUUACAACCCUUUUACAAAUCUGCUUACAACAAUAAUCUAGGCCUGUUUCUCUACAACCCUGCGACUCGAGCCACUAGAUUGAUACCACCACUCAAUUCCCCGAUGAAUAAUUUAUUGAAACGUGAAGUUGCAUUCGGUUAUGACAGUGUAUCCGAUGAUUAUAAGGUUUUAGCCAUUUGUAUGGAGAGGAAUGAUCGAAAUGUCGAAAAAGCUCUACUAUACAGUUUGAAAACGGAUGCCUGGGUGAACAUACCGAGCCCGCCAUGGCAGUUGAAUCAAUUUUGUAUGAGCCCCCGACCUGCUAUCUUGGCUGACAACUCCUUCCAUUGGAUGAAUCCUUUGUUGUUUACAGGAAUAAGGUGUUUCGAUCUUUUCACUCAAAGGUAUUACCAGAUACCCCAUCCGGUAAAGAGAGAGAUAAACUAUACCAACUGUGAAGAUGACUCAGAAUUGACCAUUUUAGAAGGACAGUUGUGUAUCGUAACAUAUACUUUGGAGAUAUGGGUAUUAAACAAGAAGAAGAUAUCUUGGACUCGAAUUUUUCAUCAUCUCUCGGGGCAAUUGAAACAUGUUGAUUUUCAUCAUGCUAAAAUAUAUAAUUUGGGUUUCCGAGAUGAACGACGCAGUAUCAUAUUAGCAAUAGCUGACCGUACAAGAGCUCUACAAAAGGUUUUCAUCUGCUGUGAUCUACAAUCCAAACAAGCUAGGGAGAUCGAAGCCACAAAUUUACCAGAUGGUACCGAAAGGAUCAUUUCCUUUCAUCCUUGGGUCGAUUCGCUUGUCCCGUUGUAUUAGUACAUAAUUUUAACGAUAAAGGAGA